CUAGCGCGAUACUGUCACGUACACCAGCGGUGCGGCCGGAAUUUCGCAGCUGUAACUUACAGAAACCGUCGGUGUUUUAUAAAGCGCGUUCUCGCCGGCAGACAGCUCGUUUAAAGACGUAAAGUUGACACACAAAGGGAUACACCAAAAAUGCCGCGGGGUGAAGAGAAGAACGGGACGGGUGAAGAGAAGAAUGGGACGUGUGAAGGGUCCAUUUGUGUUACCAAUCCUCAUUUGGAUGCCAUGAAGGAUGACAUCCUCUACCACUUUAACCUCGGGACAUCCAGUCACGACUUGCCAGCCAUGUUUGGAGACGUCAAAUUUGUGUGUGUAGGUGGAAGUGCGUGGAGAAUGAAGUCUUUCACUGAAUACAUUGCAAAGGAGCUGGGGCUCGAGGACCCUAAUGGAGAGUACCCAAAUAUAUGCGCAGGAACCGAUCGCUACGCCAUGUACAAAAUUGGACCUGUGCUGUCCGUCAGUCAUGGCAUGGGCAUCCCGUCAAUCUCCAUAAUGUUGCAUGAGCUUAUCAAGCUGCUCUAUCACGCUCGCUGUACUGAUGUUACAGUAGUGCGCAUUGGGACAUCAGGUGGAAUAGGUUUAAAGCCAGGCACCGUGGUGGUUACCAAGCAGUCGGUUGAUGCUAUGUUCCGCCCCUACCUCGAGCAGAUUAUCCUGGGCAAACCGGUCGUAAGGGACACUGAUCUUGAUGGCAAACUUGCAGAGGAGCUGCUCAAGUGUGGCCAAGACCUUGCAGAGUUCGAAACUGUCAUUGGUAACACAAUGUGCACGCUUGACUUUUAUGAAGGUCAGGCUCGGCUGGAUGGUGCCUUCUGCUCAUACACCGAGGAUGAUAAACAGCGCUUUCUUACUGAGGCCUAUGCUGCUGGGGUUCGUAACAUUGAGAUGGAGUCAUCUGUCUUUGCGGCCAUGUGCAAACUGAGCAAUCUUCGAGCUGCUGUUGUGUGUGUGACACUACUGGAUAGGCAGAAAGGAGACCAGCUCACCAGCUCUCAUGAUGUCCUGAACGACUACCAGAUGCGCCCUCAGGUGCUAGUGGGACAUUACAUCAAAAAGAAGCUGAAUGCCUCCAAGAAAAGCUAGUUGUUUGCUAGCUAGAACAUUAACAGGCAGGUGUUUAUGCAGACUAAGAUAGGAAACAUUAUAUGUUGUGGUUUUAUUUAUAAAUUUUCUUAAUAUAUGUAACCAGCCCGAAUGUCCAGUAUGAAUGAAAGUGACCAAAGUAAAAACAAUACAUGUUGUUUUUCUACUGUUUGUUAUUGCAUUAAAUAAUGCAUUUAAUAGCUUAAUUUGUUUGAAAUUAUAUUGGGCACAUUCAUUCUGUGCUGUCUAAAUUGUUUUAAAUUCCUGAUAUUUAUUGAUUGUUUUUAAACACUGCUCAUGAUAGAUGUUUAUAAAGGGACGUGUGAGGGAACUGAGCAGAUUUUAGCACUAUUUACAUUACAGUCCAAAAUGUUAAAGAGCACUUUCCAAAACUGUUUUGCCUCCUUUUAUGUUUGUUACAAUUAUACUGUUUGUAAAAUUGUACUGUAAAAUCACAGACGUCUUAAACUUGACACUUUUAUCCUCUCAGAGUUUGCAAAAUGUAAACAUUGAAAACUUAUUUUAAUCCCAUGACUGAAGGUUUAUGUACUGUAAUCUAUAACAUAAAGAUAAAUAAAAUACAAUAUUUAA